AUGGCAUUCCUAAGCCAACCCCGAGCUCUGCAAAUUCCAGAGCUCCUGCUGAGAAUCUUUCAAUUCUCAGAGCCAGAGGACAACUGCACGAACGCCCGUGUCUGCAAGAAUUGGUCAAAUGAGGCUUUGGCUGUCUUAUGGCGAAGCGUAAUGUUUGACGUAGUUCUUGAGCUUUUGGGACCUACAACUCGCCGUGCCAUAGGCGACUUGAUCUUUGUUCGUUGCCCCGAGCCUGCGGAUUGGAGCCGCUUCAACCACUACGCUUGGAGGAUCCACCACCUGGAGGUAUCAUGGGAUUCCUACCACCCAUCCAUCUUUCAACAUAUUGCAUCCAUUCGGUCCCGCACCGAACUCUUCCCUAACCUAGAAACUUUGGACUUCGAUGACGACCUGGGAAACGUUCAUCUAUUCACCCAUGCGAAGUUAAAGUCACUCGUCUUACAAUCAAGUGUCAACGCCGGCGAUUGCCCCCAUACCAAGACCGCACUCCUUCAUCUCCCACUUCAGACGCGUCAUUUGGAAACCUUGAAUCUCGGUUACCUUCUCAUACCAAAAGAAGUCUCCCACUCUGACUUGGCGUCUGUCCUCCAGGGCCUACCUGCCUUGAAAACGCUUUGGCUUCCAGGUGAUUGGUUAGUGUCACAAAUUGCGGACGCUCUUGCCUGGCACCCCGUGCUCGAAUGUCUCGUUUCAACAAUAAUUCACCGCGCCCAUGCCACAACUUGGGAUGUUUUUUCUACUUCUUUGGACCCACAUAGCUUCCCUAGCCUCAAGCAGCUGGACAUCGCCGUGCCGUUUGCUCGCGCCGCUUUGUUACUAUCGCAAACACACAGGCCUCGCCACCUUGUGUCGUUCACAUUGAAAUGCUACUGGGGGGAGGAGUCCGUUCACAGUUACGCUCGGUUUAUCGACGUCAUUUGCUCCAACUACCCUGAGCUGGAAUCACUUUCCGUCCAAGGCAACGACGCCGAACAGUAUCCAGCGGCCUUGCAACGAAUGACCUUCCUCGAGUUGCGCCCAAUUACGCGUCUAUCCGGGCUGACGCAGCUCGAGCUCACCCACCCGCUACAGUUAGACCUCGACUUGAGGCACAUCACCGAAAUUGCGAAAGCACUACCCUCAAUAGAGGUCCUCUACCUCAAUGACAGCCCCAGGAUAUCGAGCGUCCCCAACUUGACCAUGUCUGCCCUAGUGACAUUGGUAUCACUCUGUCCUAAAUUAGACGUGCUAGGGAUGUACGUGAAUGCAUGUACCACGAUGCCCCGCAUAAGCGACGAUGCGACGCUCGCAAAUCUCAGCAUAUUCUCCGUUGGACGGUCACCCAUCACGGAUCCCCGUUCAGUAGCUCACUUCUUGGAAUCCAUCCUUCCUAAAGCCUGCCUGCUUUAUUCGCACACGGAAGAUCGUGUACAUUCGAGACUAUGGGAUCUUGUCAAAAGGAUGAUACACCAGAGCGAAGAAUCUUGA